CAACACCAUCUCCCCUACACCUGCUCCAUCAGCACCAUCACUCCGACCCUGGCAGCCCUCCACGGACCGACGCCUCCUGCCCAUCCUGACGGACACCAGGCGGCCCUGAGGGGGGGGGGGGGGGGCAUCCAUCCACAUCCAGCAUUCUCUCCCUCCAUCCCGGUACUGCGGCACCGACAGCCACACCGAGCAGGAUGCGGGCUUUCCUGUAGACACACCCCCGCUGUUUUUCCUCAGCACACGGCCAUUUACCGAGGCUCUGAGCGAUCGGCUCGGCUGUAGAUGAGCGUGGAUGCAGGUCUGAGGGGGUAGCGCUGUUCCUGCUCCACGCCCUGCCGGACCUCCAGCGGCACCAUGUCUCCUCCAGCAUCGGCUGCGACGGCGAGCGAAAGCAGCACCACCACCGUGUUGGAGGAGGACACCAGAGAGGAGCAAAGACCCCUGAAGCAGUCUCUGAGCAAGUCGUUAUGUCGGGAGAGCUUUUGGAAAUGCCUGCUCCUGUCCAUCCUCAUGUACGGCUGCAUGGGAGCGAUGGUUUGGUGUCAUGUCACCAAGGUGACCCGCCUCACCUUUGACAGUGCCUUCAAAGGGAAGUCCAUGAUGUACCACGACAGUCCCUGCUCUGACGGCUACAUCUACAUCCCCCUGGCCCUACUGGGCAUGCUCUAUCUGGUCUAUCUUGUUGAAUGCUGGCAUUGUCAUGUGAAGAAUGAGCUGCAGCACAAGGUGGAUGUGGAGGGCAUCUAUGAGCGCAUCCAGAGGAUGCAGCAAGCUAAACCUUGCAUCUGGUGGAAGGCCAUCAGCUACCACUACGUUCGCCGAACUCGACAGGUCACCCGCUACCGCAAUGGAGAUGCUUACACGAGCACCCAGGUCUACCACGAACGUGUCAACACCCAUGUGGCAGAAGCUGAGUUUGACUACGGUCACUGUGGCGUCAAAGAUGUUUCCAAACAGCUGCUGGGCUUGGAGAAGUCUGCUCUCACAAAGAUGCGGUUCACCAAGUGCUUUAGUUUCGCCAACGUAGAGUCAGAGAAUUCCUACCUGACACAAAGAGCCAGGUUCUUCACCGACAACGAGGGCCUUGAUGACUACAUGGAGGCCAGGGAGGGGAUGCACCUGAAGAACAUUGACCUGAAGGAGUAUGUCAUGGUGCUGUGUGACCCAGAGCACCACCCCUGGUAUCUGUCCCACUACGUCUUCUGGUUCGCCUCCUUCCUCACUUUCUCCUGGCCCCUCAGAGUCUUCACAGAGUAUCGCACUGCAUAUGUGCACUAUCGCGUUGAGAAGCUUUUUGGGCACGAUUACCUCCCUGUUACCCCAUGUGAUGAUCGGCCAUAUUGGCGCCGCAUCCCUCGUGUCAACACCAUCGACAGCACAGAACUGGAGUGGCACAUUCGCUCCAACCAGCAGCUGGUGCCGAGCUACUCAGAGGCCGGCCUGAUGGACCUGGCCCAGUGCCCGUCGAGCUUCAGCGGGAUUCGUCAGAAUUGCGAGCGCUGCCACAGAGCCAUCAGCUGCUCCUCGGUGUUCUCCAGGAGCGCCCUCAGCAUCUGUACCGGCGCCAGCUCCCGCAUCCCCUUCAGCGGCAGUCGCUUCUCGUUGGCACGGCGCUACGGCUCCCAGCGCAGCUGCUUCUGGAGGAGCGGCAGCUUGGACGACCAGGAGAGUCCUAGCGAAAACACUCGCUGUCUGUCAGAGCGCCUCACCACAGACGACGAGGAACCCCCAGACUACGAGGACGCUCUUUGCUACCCAGUGCUCAUUGUCCACUGCAGUGAGAACUGCCACAACCACAGAUCUUUCCACAGAAACGGCUCCUGUGUGGAGACUUCUUUAUGACUAUGCAGUCACUGAGGAACCAGGUGGCGUCUCUGUAGCAUAUGAACACUCUGGACAUCAGAAACUGUGUGUAAACAAGUCUUAAUGUCAGAUACACUGAUUCGGGCUGUAUUGUCAUGUAAUCAGAAAGAAUUGCCUGAAUCUUGAAUGUGUGAAUCACCAAAGCAAUAACAGUGGUCAGUGAGUGGAGAACCGAGUGGCGGUGGUUUGAGAACAGACUAAGACACACAUACAGAAAAUAAAAUCUGCUUGGCUUCCAGUAAAAUCCAAGGAGACAACGACUGUUACACUGUACAGCUUUGCCAUAGCUUUCAAGAUCUCAUAUGUAGCUCCAGUACAUAUGAACCUGAAGCUGCAGUUACCUCAUAAGACCUUUCCAGUGGUCAUGAUGAACAGGUUGAAAUAUCUCAUGUUCAUUCAGUGAAACCUCAGCGUCACACCAAGUUGGAGUUGAUUUUGAUGAAUUUAUUGUCAGCAACAGAAUGGAGCAGCACUGACAAGUCUGACCUGCUUCUAAUUACAGCAAUAACUGUGAAGACAAAGACUGAAAGGAGGAAUACCAAUCCAAUAUGUUGUGCUUAUGCAUAUCACAGAGGCCCUGAUCACCAUGGAAACCUCCAAUUCAAAAGCGACAACUCUUAUUCUCACUGUUCAGCCAUUCUAUGGUGUUUUUCAUGACUUCUGUGUCGUGCUGUAAGUUAUUUUUUGUGUACUACUUUUUUAUCAACAUGCCUCAUGUACUUCUACAUUUCUUGAAUGCCUUUUUAAAAAAAAAACCUAUUUCAGGCAACAGGUAUAAGCUUAUUUUCAGCUGUGAGUUAAAGUGUUGGUGGAAAGUGAGUGACGGUUUUUCAGACAACAAACUGGUCCUGUGGUUUCGUUGCAUUCUGGUGUAUCUUUGCUUCUUCUUCAAUGGAUUGAUCCUUUUUUGACUGUUGACUGUUGGUGCUAUACGGCAGCUCCAGGGAGAAGCAUCUCUUUCUUUUGGAUGUUCGAUGACUGACGCUUCAACACGAUGUUUACAGUUGGUGCUUUUGUAACAUUUUUGUCCUUCAAACCUCCACAGACACGUUGGAAUCAAUGGAAUCAAAGUUUUGGUAUCUGCAAGGAAAGUAGAAACAGCCAAACAGAAUGAGCACAGCUUAGCCAGAUAUUUGCUUUAAGAUUUGAUUAAUUUGUCUUGACUGACCCAGAAACUGAAAAAUAGUUGGAGCACGAAUACUGUCCAGUCACAUGAGCCUUUACCUGGACCGACUGAAACACAUUAUGAAAACUCAAUUACCCACGAUCCGUUCAGCAAGUACAUGAGUGGUUUGAACGUUUUGUCUCGAAUUGGACUUUUUUGCUGCCUACUGCCACGACAAAGCCUGCCUGCAACUGUGGUACAAACACAUCGACAUGUCAUUACAUUAUCACGUGGACAGAAAAGAUGAGGACUGGUUUAUAUUCUAUAGUUCAUUUGAAACAUCUGUCAAACAACAAAACAUAUUAUGGAUUUAACUGCAAAAAAAGACCAUUAAAUGUCUGAAUUGCAUGAUUUCCUUCUGCUGAGACACUGUGUUAAAACCAUCAACAUACAUGAAUGUAAGCCACCAGCAUAUAUGAUAUUCUGUAGUGUAUAUGUCCAUUAUGUGUCUAUACUAAAGGAAUAAUGUUUCAUUUUUAAUAUGUACAAUGAUUAUUUCACUCUUUAGUGUGUACUGAACAUCACAGUGUUAAACGAGUGUGCACCGACGUGUUCCCGAAAGAGACUUUGGAUGUUGACUUAUCUUGGAGAUCUUUUGACUCUUUUGACUGGAGUUUACAGCCAGUAUAUGCAAGGAUGUAAAUGCACUUACGUUUACACACCAACAUUAUACAAACUUUGUAAUGCAGACUUUUUUAUAGCAUCUAACAUUAACUUAUUGUAUGCAUCCGAAGCACAUAACAUCUUUACAUUGUUUUCAAUAAUGUAGUGACACCAGUAUUAUGCACUUGAUGCAGUGACACUAGACAUUAUGAAUUGUAGUGGAGCUGAAUGUUGAUGUAAAUUUCUCUAAAAUAAUUAAGUAUUGAAGCUGAUGAAAUUACAAACACACAAAUGUUCAAAGAAGUUUCCUGUAAAAAGUUUCAAAUGUUAUUGUCAUUAUAAUCAAAUGGGCUGUAUAAAUAACUUGGUUACCUUUCAAAAUAUGUAUUUGAAAUCAUCUUUGCUGGAUAAAUAAAAGUUGCAAUAAAUGUCUUGGUCACACCCA